CAUGACGUCGCCUCUGGAACCCGGAAGUCCUGUAGUAGAUUAGAAGCUGCCUGUUCCCGGGCUGGUAUCAUGCUCCUGGCUCACUUGCUGUUCCCUCAGCGCCUGCAGCAAGUCGUCGCCCUCACCAGUCGCCUGAGCUCGGCCUGCCGCGGCCAGGGGAGGUUCCAGGUUCAUCCUAUGCCGAGGAUACCCUCCAGGGAGGUCAGCUCCCUGCCCACAGCCACCAUGGAGGAGCUCCUGAGCAGGUGUGUGCCCCCCCUGCCCCCCUAUGAGACCAAAGACAAGACCCCUCCUCCCCCUGAGCCGCAGAGCUUGCACUUCAUGCAGCAGUACCGGAGCCUGGACGCGGAGCGCAGGGCAGCCCUGCUGGGGGAGCUGGCGGCGGGGUACGGCGUGGACCAUGCCCAGGUGACGGAGCUGAGCGGGAAGCUGGUCCAGGAUCAGCAGAAGAGGGACCUGGGCACCGUGCUGCAGGUGGAGGACCGGCUCCGCUACUACCUCACCCCCCAGUACAAGGGGCUCUUCUGUCACAUCAGCAAGCUGGAGGGGGGCGUCAAGUUCCUGGUGGACCUGAGAGCUGACAUCAUAGAGAGUAUGGCGUCCAAGGCGGCAGACGGCCCCCACAUCCGGGAGAUGAGCGGGGUCCUGAGGAGCAUGCUGUCACAGUGGUUCUCCGUCGGGUUCCUCCAUCUGGAGAGAAUUACAUGGCAGUCUCCUUGUGAUGUUCUGCAGAAGAUCAGCGAGUACGAGGCGGUACAUCCGGUCAGGAACUGGACAGAUAUGAAGCGUCGCGUGGGACCGUACAGGCGGUGCUUCGCCUUCACCCACAGCGCCAUGCCUGGCGAGCCUCUCAUUGUGUUACACGUAGCUCUGAUGCAACAUAUUACAGGCAACGUCCAGACGAUUGUAAAAGAGACGCCUCCAUCAGAAAUCGAAGAUGAGAACAAGAUCAAGUCCGCCAUAUUCUACUCUAUCAGCUCAACUCAACAAGGCCUGCAAGGUGUGGAGCUCGGGAACUACCUCAUCAAGCGGGUGGUGAGAGAAUUGCAGGUUGAGUUUCCCCAGAUUUCUGCGUUCUCCAGCCUGUCCCCGAUUCCCGGAUUUACAAAGUGGCUUCUCGGGACUCUAAACUCGCAGACGAAGGAAAGCGGCAGAAUGGAGCUCUUUCAGGAGUCGGAAUGUAAAAUGAUAUCGGACAUCACCGGAGCGCCGGCUCCCGAAGCCUUGAAACGUCUCCUCACAAACAACGAGUGGAUGAGAUCGGAAAGAUUGGUGAAGGCCUUGGAGGAUCCCAUGAUGAGACUCUGCGCUUGGUACUUGUACGGCGAGAAGCACCGCGGUUUUGCCUUGAACCCUGUAGCCAACUUUCACCUGCAGAAUGGGGCCGUCAUGUGGAGACUGAACUGGAUGGCAGAUACCAGCCCCCGAGGAGCCACCUCUUCCUGCGGCAUGAUGGUGAACUAUCGCUACUUUCUGGAGAACACCAGCGCCAACGGCUCUAAUUAUCUCAGGAUGAAAUACAUCGAAGCCUCCGAACAAGUGCUGGGGUUGGUGUCUCAGUUUAAAAAGAACAGUAAGUUAUAAAAGGAACCGGAACUUUCUGGGCCGAGGGUUUGUCCCUUUGUGGACCGUGGUCUGUGGCUCUAUGACGCUGGCUUCAUUCUCUACCUUCGAUGUCACCAGACAGAAGGAUUUCACCUUUUUUGCCGUUAUAAUCUUGUUAUGCUUUAUUAAUGGCGUACUUGUGAGGUCUUCAGACAUUCGCCAACCCAACGUCCUCCUUCUGCUCUGGUCUUGUUUUAAAGCCUGCACAGACAUUAA